ACACACAAGUGUUCACUAUUCUCAUGCUGUGAAUCGGCCACAGCUGACAAUAAUGAUGUCAAAAGUUAUGUUAACUUAAUAUUUUAGAGGGAGACAUUAUUUUCACUGAUAUUACGUAUCUAAUUAUAUAUUUUAUUUAUUACACUUUUAUAUAUGUGCGAUGUUCAAUAUUAUAUGUCUAAUUUCUUAACGAGCAUUACGAAAAUCGCAAAAUUUAUGUUGUAGAAAACUGUUCGUAGUUUUGAAAAGAAACUUUCGAUUGGUCGAUAAAUAUCGUUCGACCUCAGUGAUAGCGUCAACCUAUCGAGAGCGAGGUCGAUCGCAUCGAAGAAAAUGGCGGCGCGUAGAGGCACGUAGCGAGCGGCUGAUUAUUGUGUUGCAGGGUAGCCUACAGUACCCUGCCUAUGAGGAACAUGGAAGUCGUGAACGAUGACGAGAUGGUGAAUAAUUUGUUACACGAGGAGCGACUUGUGGGCAACGAGUGCCGCAUCUGUCUGAAAUCCUGCACGGAGGCGUGCCAACUCUUCCGGAAUAACGCCGGAAUACCAGAGAAGUUGAUGGCCAUCGCUGCUGUACAGGUAGAGGAAGGAGAUGGUCUACCAACUACUAUUUGUUUAUCCUGCAACCGCCUGCUCGACGUGUCCUACGACUUCAAACGCCAAAUUCAAGACUCUGAUGUGAGACUUCGUCAAAUCUUGAAGCCGCAAAUUCAUUCCGUGCCGCACGACAAACAUACAAAGGAUGGUGCAACAGUCAAAGAUAUCAUCACUGAUAUUAUAUCUGUUACCUCCUGUACAAAAGACGAUCACAUGGAGCAGGAAAUCUACACGACCCACGAUAUCGUUACGUUCGACAGCACUACCAUGCCGCCUGACGUGGGUUUGAACGACGAUGAAUCUCGCAUAAGUCACGAAUUCAUGCCGAAAACGGACGAGAUUGUGGAACAAACUGAGAAAGACACGUCGUAUAGCGCGCUCAAAGAGAAUAUAAAUAUACAUAACACUGAAAUUAUAGAAGCAACCUUCGAAGAGACGCAUGUGAAGGAGAUGCACACAAAUACACUCGCAGAUGACACGAGUCACUUAACCGGUCUGUCGACGGACGACAAAUGCAUGAAGCAGGAGGAAAUGAUGUUAUCCCAGGAGGACGAGACGUCGAAAAAUUUGGUGGACGCGAGCAGGGUAGAGAAUCUGCUGAAGAUAGAAGUCAAGAACGAUAUAUCGUUGGAGGAUCUCAAUGACCAUGAUAUAAAAGCACACGCGAUACUAGGGACGGAUAGUCUGGACACGAAGGGCGAGACGAACGGCAGCGACGACGAGGAAAAGCCGCUGAUAAACAGGACAGGCAGACAGAGGUGCUUGCAUUGCAUCAAGUCGUUCGCGACAAAACUGGCGCUGCAGAGACACAUAAUCGUGCACAAACAUAAGACGAAAUUGCGUUACGUCUGUCACAUAUGCGACAAGCAAUUCUCCAAUAUCGCCAAGCUGAAGAGCCACGUGCGUAACAGUCACGAGGCGCACAAGCUGGACAUCGAAGUACCGCAAGAGAAUAAUCAAGAUAAGAGGGCCGGCAAGACGUCGAUAAAGGUCACCAGGAGCUGCGCCAACCCGGCGAUGGACAACGCGAGGGAGGAAAAGAGAAACUUCAAGUUCACGUGCAAGGUUUGCUCAAAGCAAUUUAUUUAUCAGAAGUCCUUCAUAUCUCACGCCAAGAGUCACCCCGAGUACAGCGAGGAGACGACGUCGGAUGACGCGCUCGAUCAGCUCGCGAACAAAGUGAACGAACAGCGAGACAAAGCGCCCGCAUUCAGGGAAAACGAAUCUGAGGAGGAAGAGGACGAUGAUGACGACGACGACAACGACAACGAACUGCCGAUCGAAAGUUUGCAAUGCACGCAGUGCGGCAAGCUAUUCGCCACUAAGAGGAAUCUGAAGAGACACAUUUCGACGCAUAGUGGCUUGAAGUUUAACUGCACGACUUGCGGCAAGGGAUUUUCAAGGAUUGACAAGCUAAAGGAUCAUGAACAGUCGAAACACAAGGACGAAAUAUUCGGCAACACGGACGACGAGGAUGACGACGAAGAGGACAAUGAGAAUAAAGUGAACGAGAAUUCUGAAAGUCGGAAAAAGGACCGACAUAAUAGACCGCACAAAUGUGCUCUCUGCCCGAAGGCGUUCGCGCAGGCUCAAUCGUUGGCGAACCACAUGGAGAGGCACAAGAGAGUGAAGGACACGCAAAAGCGCUUUCUUUGCGAAGUCUGCAGCAAGUGCUUCGCCCAGAGUGGCUCGUUGGUCGCGCACAUGCGCACCCACACCGGCGUCAAGCCAUACGUGUGCAACGUGUGCAGUCGUGCUUUCACCAAGAGCACGUAUCUGCAGCUACAUUUGAGGACCCACAGCGGCGAGAAACCGUACAUCUGUCAGUAUUGUAGCAGGGCAUUCGCCCGGGCCAACACGCUGGCGCGACACAUCACCAUGCACACUGGUGAAGCCAAGUACCAAUGUCAGAUCUGCACUAAAUCUUUCCGCAGGCUGACCUCACUGAACGAGCACACGUAUACGCAUACCGGCCAACGGCCGUACGCGUGCAAGCUCUGCACUAAGCGCUACAACAAUGCUGGAUCAUUGUACGCACACACAAAAAAGUGCAAGGCGCAGCAGCUAUCCGGGACGACUACCACGUACGCGGUAUCCACGGAUAACACUCAGCAGCAGAAUGAUGGCCCGAUGUCGCAGCUGCUCAUCUAUUCGCAGAGAAAGCUCGUGGAGGAAACGACGGUUGGCCAAGUCGUGUCCACGCCACAAUAUAUGGUAGCGAAUGUACACAAUCAGAAGGGAGUGUCCGCCAAUGUGAUUCAACCGUUCACCGUAGAAGACCCGAAUGUGUACAAUACGAAACAGUUCAAGAACCCUUUUUACAUUUAUCCGAAUAUGUAACGAUGUGUCGAUGCCGAAUACGUAACCACGUUCGAUGGUUGCUUGAUUUUUCGGCUGCCUUGGAUCAUCACUACUUGAAUUCGUGUUUUCCUUUCGAUUCAUGUCGCGGCGUCUCGAUAGACGCUAAGGAUCGAAUUGAAUCCGUGAACUCUAUAACAUGCUGGAAAGAGAACAUGCGCGGAUUCCACGCAAUGAUCUCGAGGAAGAGAGCAGCGAAUGCUCAUGCUUUCUCUCUCAUAUAUGUUACCCGAGCUGAGAAUGUCAGCCUAAAUGAGUAAAGUAAAAUUACAUAUCCGUAUUGUAUAUAGAAACCUGGGAGAACUUCACAUAUUUGAAAAACACCAAGACAAUAGAUUAUAGCAUGUUAGAAGGACAGAUAACGCAACACUGUCUCAUGUAACAACUAUAAGUACGUCUUAGAAAUAUUUUUUAUCCAAUAGAUCACUUCGGCUGUUUUAACAGUGGUUCUCCUUCCAGUAUGUUAUAUGUUUCGAUGAAUCGAACGGAGUUUUGGAUAAUACGAAAGUGGAGAGAAGAAAAAGUAAAGAAAAGUUAAAAAAACAAUUCAUCAAUAAGACUACGGAGCUCAAAAAAAUCCUUGAUGUUCGGCAGGUCUAAGUUUGGUUCAGCGUAUAUCAAGGUAAAUCGUGCAAAUAAUCUCCCAACGACGAUUGUCGUAUAUUACGAAAUAUAGACUGGUCUCGUGAAUUCUCUACCGUCGGUAUUUGGACGAAAUAAAUAGUGGUAAAAUCAAUAUAAACGCUUCCUUUCAAGCACGCGAAAAAGAUGUGUGCACAAUUUAACCGGGAUAUUGUGAUAUUUAUCUGACGUCUCUUAACACGUGCGCGGUAUAUCGUGCAGUGUACAGUCCGUAAUAAUAUUACGUUAAAACCAAAAACGUGAAUUAAUUAUAUUACCUCACUAAUGCAAAACCGAGCCUCGAAAUAUUUAAUUCGCCUUAUGUGUUUUUCUCUUCGUAAAUAGGAAAUUAAGAGGAUGUGGAAGUAAAAAUAUAUGAGACGGCGUAAAACCUCGUUCUUAGAAAUAUAAAAAUUAAGAAUUAUAUAUUCCAAAUUCAAUCGAAGGGACUUUCUUCCACAAUAGUUCAAAUUUAUUUAUUGAUUGAAUUACGUUAAUAGAUAUUUUAGAUUUUAGAAGAGAGGUCCGCUGAACGAGUGCAGUAAUAUUUCACAAAUAACUCAGGUUACAAAAAAAAAGUUAGACUCUUUUGACACAACAAUGUACAAAAUGUGAUGAAAAGAAUGAGACAAGGUUAGAAGAAAAAGUAAAGAUACUAGUAGAUAUUUACACAAGGAAUUUGUAUAAAUGGACGAAUCCUGUAUAUUAUUGGAUAGGAUAACUCUUCCCUUAAUUAUAUAUAUAUAUAUUUUUUUUUUUUUUUUUUUUUUUUUUUUUUUUUUUAGAUUAUUAUGGGUAUCGUCAUCGGUUUGCAUACACAUAUACAACGUAUCCCUUCAAUAUUGUAUAAGAUAAUAAUUUUCUUUUAGUAAUAAUUCAUUAUGAGAGAUCGUGAUUGAUCGCGCUUUAUUAUUGAAAUAUUUCGAUAUAUAUAUAAAUCUAAAAGAUGUAAUAUUUGUCAAUGUUUAUGUUUUGGAAAAAUUAAUACUAGUGAGAUACUUGCAUCUUUCUUUUCACAAGCAGUAACCUGAACGUGAGAAAGAUGGGGUGAGAGAAAUUUGUAUAAAUUUAACAUUAAGCAUGUUUUGGUAUGAAGACUAUAAAUUAUUGUUUUUUUAUAUAAGAGUAAUAAACGGUCAUGAAACGUCCGGAGUGUAAGAAGAAUAAUUUCAAUUAAAUCUCCAGACAGCACAAGACCUCCAGGGGAUGUUCUCAGGACAUAAGAAUAUUUUCAGAACAUCUUCAGAUAGAGGUUGUUCUGUGGAAAUCUGUGCUGUUUACGUCGUAAUUAACAUGAAGAGGGGCAACCGGUGAGAAAUCAAUUUUAUAUUAUGCUUUCGUUGUAAUUAUGUAGACACAUGUAGAGAGCGAAAUCGAUUUUCGCACGAGUACUCUCAACAACUUAUUACUUGUAAUGUACAGGGUGUUUCGAAAAAAAAGAAAGAUGGAAUAUAAAUAUAUAAAUAAUUGUAAAUAGUAUCCGAGAUAAAUUAUACUACGUCUUUGUAAAGGUAGCAGAUGUUCCAAAAGCGCUUAUACUUUUAUGCACCAUGUCGGAUAUCGAUAAGGCUAACAUACAUACACACAAUGCGAUAUUUUAUAAUAAAGUUUCUAGAAAAAUUAUCGUGUCCUGUGCUCUCCUGCCAUCCUGCUUGUAUUCCUGCCUUCGGUAACAUCAAUCCACAUCGCACUAAACAGGGAAAUCU